AUGUAUUUGAUGGAGGAUACCGAUGUGAAAAGGGGGAGGGAAGACGAUGUGAGGAAAAUGUUGAAGUGCAGUUCAGGAUUCAGAUUUCAGAAGGACAAGAUGGUUUGGAGGGCAAAUUUACUUGCAAGUUUUGUAUUGAAUAUAAUUCCAAUGCAAUUGUUUGGUGACAUAGAAAAUUUGCUUAUGAGAGCAGACCAUAAAACAGUUGAACUAGGGGAUUUUGGCUUAGCACGAGAGGAGUCACUAACAGAGAUGAUGACUGCUGAAACAGGAACAUACCGCCGGAUGGCUCCAGAGGGAGAAAAGAAGCAUUACAACCAUAAAGUGGAUGCCUACAGCUUUGCAAUUGUGCUGUGGGAGCUCUUGCACAACAAAUUGCCAUUUGAAGAUUUUCUAGUAUUGUUAGAUGUAGUUGAUGUUUCGGGAUGUUUUACUAUACAGAAUGUGAGACCUAGUGCUGAAAACCUGCCUGAGGAAUUGGCCAUCAUUCUAACAUCAUGUUGGAAGGAGGACCCAAAUGCUCGUCCUAAUUUCAGUCAUAUCCAGAUGCUCCUAAAUAAUCUUCCUAGCAUUUGUCCUCCUGAACCAGCUAUUCCUCCUCGAAUUUUUGCUUCAGAGAACACCAUCUUGCCACCGGAAUCUCCAGUUACAAGCUCUUUGAUGGGAGUGCGUGAUGACUCUAGGGAAACCCCCAAAGCGAAGACGGAAAAAAAGUGGAGAAGUUUCUUCUUCUGCUUUAAUCAGUGCUAUUAAUUCCUUAGCAAUAGAAGAAAUGGCAAGAACCUUUUUUCUAUGUGGGAAUCAAAAGAAGCCGAAGAUGGCUCAGAAACAAUAGGCUCGUUUACCUGGCAAGUACGCCCUCUGAUAACAUCAACAAUAUUUUUUUUAGAUUAAUAAAUUACAUUUUUUAAGUGAAAGUCCAAUUCAGUUGGAUGAAUCUGAUGUUGCUGUCAUUUUCCAUUGUUCAUAGUUGGGAGUAACUGGCAUUUCUCAUCAUUGACUAAAACUUGUGAAUUGGCGUUGUUUGAUAAUAAGAUGUAGGAAUUUCAACUCCGGUUCCGAGUAAAAAGGAGAGGAAGAUAUUGUGUAUGAUUUGUAUAAUGAAGUGUUAAUCACUCUAAAAGAAGAUAUUGUCAGAACCCAUUCCUGUCUCACCUUUGAGACCGGUUUGAAUUUUCAUUUUAUGAAACUUACUUCUGAGUCUUUUUCCUGGAAAACUUUCCGUUGCAAGUGGAGGUGGAGUUAAUUUUCAAGGCAUUCUAUUGAAAAGCAUUUGAUAAUGGAGAAUACUUGUAAUGCAAAAUAACAGAGUAUUGACCAUGAAUUUGAUAAUAAUUACCUCA